CUAGGUCAUAUGACCCGUCGUGUUCGUCGUGGCUUUCAAAGCACCUCCGCUGGUUGAAUCAUCAACAGCCUGCCUUAAGGAACGUGUGCGCAUCGUUUCCAUGAUAGUGUAAUAAGGGUUGGUCGAAGUACUUCAGCUGUCCGGGUGAGAGUGAAACAUGGACGCACUACUCGAAACCGGGCGGACGGCGAUAACGCUCUUGGGCUCUAUUUCCCUUCUAUGUGCCACCAUAAGUUUCGUCUGGUUUGUUGCUUGGAAGCUCAUACUGCACCAAAUACCGUUUUUCCGGGAAAUAGUAGGGUCGGCAGGAUUUACCCAAAAGCCUGAAGGGCAGCCGGCACGCACAUCACGGAGACGAAGCCGUACGAUAAGAAGAGACGUCGGCGGCCACGAUGAAAACUUGAAUGGCCCGGAUUCUACAACUAGCCAUUCCGAUGGGAAACCCCGGCAGCAACUGAUUGCUGAAUUGGCAGCGUCUUCUGUUGAUUGCGUAGACAAACCGGACGUCUCGCGGACCAGAAGACGUGUCUCUUUCCGUAGUGAGAGCUAAAACAUAUUUCAACUUGUGUAUAUAGAAAGCACAUUUAUGUAUAGAAUAAACCUGUGGUUACAUCCUACUACGAGCCAAUACUGGAC